ACUUUGACUACCAUUUAAAUACUGCAGAUGAGAUCAAAUUUGACCACGUUUUGAAGGUAGAUAAUGAAGAGGUGUCGAAAGUGGAAUUUGCACUUGAUGUUACGAAUCAGAAAGCUCAUUUCGACAUGACUGUCCACAUCAGUGAAAUUCAGGCAUCACUCCAUGUCAAGAUGGAAUCAUACAAUACUCUUGAUUUCCUCUUCAAGUACGAAGGAAAUGACAAUGGACAAGCUUUUGAGAAGCACUUCAAGGCUAAUAUUUCUGGCACCGGUGAUCUACCACAAACUGGUAAAGUGGACAUAAGCAUCGAAAACACUUUCCGUGAAACACCAAGGAUUAUUACUGUGCAUGUUGAUAUGGACCGUUCUGCAGAUCCCAAGAAACUGAAAAUCGAAGUGACACCUGAACCCAAUCACCUCUAUGUUUUCGAUAUAAAUUAUAAUGCUGAUCUACAAAAUCCAAAGCAUGGGGACUUUACCUUAGAUAUAACAACGCCUACAAAGAUGGCAAGCCCUUGGCAACAUUUGUCUGGCAAAUGGAAUAUUGAAAAUCAAGAUGAAAUAGAACUUACUUUCAAACUUGGUGAAAUCACUUACACUGCAACAGGCAAACUAACUCUAAAGGAAUCAAAUAUUGUGGUCACAUCCUCAAACUCUGAGGAAAACUUCAUCCUGGAAUGGCACUUUGAGACCGCUGAUUCUAGUGUAGAGUAUUUUGCAAAGCUUGGGAAAGAGUCAGAUUAUUCACUGCUGAAACUCAAAGGAACCAAAACAGCCCCUGGGCAUGCAAAUAUUGAAGGAUCUUUUAAGGCUGGGUCUCUCAUGGCCAAUGAAUUCAUAUUUACAACAGAAGCACACACAGAGAACGGCAAAUAUACAAGCAAAGGGACAUUUACCUAUGGAGAUAAAUCAGGCAAUUAUCACAUUGAUGAUCUUCACUACGACAGUGCAACAAAAUCAGCUGCUUUUGAAGGAAAAUUUAAUUCAAAUAUCUCUGGAUUGGAAGUAAUUGCCAUUUCAAGUAAAUAUGACUUCGAUCACAAAUUUGUCAUUCAUGGAAGUGCAACAUUCAAUGAUGCUGAAUCGAAGCUUGAUAUAAAUAUUGCAGAGCUUUACCCAGAAUCUUCACACAACUCAAUUGAACUGAACAUACCAGUGUUUGGCCCAGACUACAGGCAUACUCAGUUCACAUUUGGCCAUGACUUCAGUAAUGACAGAACUAAGUCCCUAACUGCAGUUGCAAAGUUUGGCCAGAAUGAGUCACACAUGAAGGUUAGCUGGAACCAUAGUGAAAACCUUGACAUUGUUGAAGGAUCAGUUGAAAUUAAGUCAUUCUUUGGAGAGAUAAACAUUUCUGCUAGUUUUGAUCUUAGCAACCAUGAGGACAUGCAUGCAGAAUUAAAAUAUUUGAGAGCGCAUGAUAGUCAGAACCAUCGCAUUCAUGUCAAGUGGUCAUGGAAAACAACCACUGAACAUUUUGAAAGUGAUAUUACGGCAGAUUCGUCUUUCAACAUCCUGAACCAUGCACGAGUUUAUGCAACAGCUGAUUACAGUGAUAAUGUUCAUCUAGUCUGUGGACUUGAGUGGAAUGACAAGAAAAUCGAGUUUGUUAAUGAUAUCACUAAAAAUGGAUUUUCAGUGACAAUCAAUUCACCAUUUGAGCAUUUUGAGUUGAUUGAAUUAAAAGUAAAUUACGAUCUAGCAAGUGAAACAAAGAAAAUUGACCUCGCAUACAAACGUGGAGACAAUGAGGUUAACAUGGAAACUGUAUUCAAUGUAGUAAGUGAAACAGAAGCAACACUAGACUUCAAGCUUACAACACCAUUGGAAGUAAUAAAACUCGUCCAUAUAGUUGCAAGCAUUAAUGCACAGAAAGCCCAUGUUGAAUUCCAAAGGAACGAUGACAAGUAUUCCUUGGAUGGUGAUGUUGACUUCAAAGCAGACAAAUCCUCUGUUGACAUGACUUUCACUUCUCCCGAAGGUCAAGUAAUUAAGGUGGCCGCAUCUUACGACAUGGAAGACUUCAUUGCAGCAACUGGAACAGCAGCACACAAACUUGCCAGUCUCGAACUCCAUUUCGAAGAACAUGCUGUAAACUUCAACUUUAAUGGUUACCGUAAUUCUGACAGACUGUAUGUUGACAUUCAGGGUGACUCCACCUUCGAAUUGGUCAAGAAGACUCAUCUGAAAAUUGACACUGCUUUGCACACAGAAUCACAUGAUAGCAAUAUUGAAAUGCAGGUAAAUGAUUUUGAGUUUUCAAUGAAAAAUCAUUUUGAGAAAGAAGAUGAUGAGCAUUUUAAAUUCAAAGUCCAGUUGGUAAGCACACUUACACCAUUGCCUGAAUUAGUCCUUGGAUUUGGACGGAAAGAGUCAGAGUACUUUGUAACAGUUGGAUAUGGUGGCGACAAGGAAAUUACAUUCUCCAUUGAGGGCAAAGAUGGUUAUAAAUCAGGAUUCAGUGGAAAGAUCGAUCUCCCCGUGCUAGGAGUUUCAGAAAUGGAGUAUGAAGUUGAAUAUGGAUUUGAAAACGAUAACGAACUACAUAUGGAUAUUGAAUUUGAAUUUGGUGAUGACCGUGAAAUCGAAGCUAAAUUUGUCUAUGACUCUGAAGGUAUACAAGCUCGCUUCAACUCUCUCCUGACUGGGGAUCACAGCAUACGUGUUCGUCGAUCCAUCUCGGCACAAGAAUUUUCUACCGAGGUUGCUCUUGAUGAUUACAGCCUAAAACUUCGCGGAGGAUUCAGCAACGAAGACACAAAAUAUGGAGCCCUUGUAGAAGGAGAAGUAUUUGGACAAAGAUUCCUGUUUGACAGCCUGUUCCAGUCUGAAGGAGCACAUUAUUCUGAAGGCAGACUGAUUAUCCUCACUCCUUUCCAAGUCUUGAACAAGAUCGGCGGACUUUUCACCUGGUCCAAUGUGAACAACAAAAUUGAAGGUCACACAGAAAUAUACCUUCCCUCUUAUACGACACCAAAAUUCAUUGGGGAAAUCAGACUUGACCUGAAUGAAAAGAUUAAGGGUCAUGUCUUGUUUGACUUAGCUGGCCAAGAAUUUAUAUUCAAAACUGAUUUAGUUGGCUCGUCAUUUGAACAGGGAUAUGAAGGAAAUGUUGAGAUCUUCACGCCAUUCCAUGCUCUUUCUCAUGCUUCAUUAUCAGGAAACUUCAAGAUCAAUGGCUUUAGUUCCUUAGAGAGUGACGUAAAACUUACUACACCAUUUGCUACCCAUGAAUUUGUUGCAAAAUACACCUUUGUUUCCAAUAAAGUGUCCGUAGACUUCAACCUGAAGUCUGAAACACUUGCCCAUGAGAUCCACACUCAGUUUACUCUUGAGGGCUUCGGCACAGACCAUAAGAAAAUCAGUGCAUCCAUCAAUGAGAACCAAGUGUCGCUUGAAGUUGAACACUCUUUGCCAACGAACUUGGUAGGAAAGCUCAUUGUUACAUUCCAGGGGCAAGUACACACACUAAGUGGCAAGGUUAUUAUCAUGGAUAACCACAUCCAGACCGAGCUAGAAGUGGAAUCUGGAUUCUUUAAUGGAAACCGAGGCAUCAAGAUCGAUGUUCAUGUAUUAGAUCCUAAUUAUAGGCAUUUUUCAUUAGAUGUGGCUCUCACAACCUCAGAAACACACGCCAUCCAUUUUGAGCUGGAUGUGAAGACAGGAUUCCAUGCCACAGUCAAGAUUGACACACCUCUCUUCCCUAAGACUACAGCCACUUUCAACCUUGCACCUGCAAACGUUGAGCUCAUCAUUAACACUCCUACAGGAGUACACAAAGUUAAGCUUAACUGGCGAAUGACAUAUAGGAUGCCUGCUGAUUACUUGAUUCAUUUGGAAGUAAGUUCUCCGCUUUUCCCAGUGGAGUACGUUGCAAAUGUGGCCUUUGUUGGAGACUGGUCUAAUAUGCAAGUCAAGGUCGAGCUUCAAGAGGGAUCAGCUACUCAUUUAUUUGAGGGAUCCAUCACAUCAUCAAAGACUAAAGGCCAUAUCUCUUUCACCAUCAUGACACCUUUCAAAGGAUUCAACAAAGUCGCUUUUGAAACAUCCCUUGACUUCUCUGACGACGUGGAGUUGAACGUAAUAAUGUCUCAUGGUGAAGUGUUCAACACUCUGGAUGUCAUCCUUAAUAAGAAUGACAGAAGUUUUACUGCUGAGGCCAAGACUCCAUACUUACCAGGUGGACAGGCCUCUGCCGAAGCUAAACUUACAGGAAAUGUCAACAAAAACAUGCAGAUUAAGAUGGCCCUGAAGACUGGUGAGCAUGCCAUCUCAGGAACCUUAAACGUUAAAGUUAACUCUGUCAAGGACAUUGAGGCAAACAUGAAGAUCAUCACGCCAUUCAAAGGCUACAAGAAAAUGACCUUCCAUGCUUUCUACACUGAGGACGACAUGAAACACAUUUUGGUGUACUCAAAUAAGCCUCUUAACUACAGAGUUGAACUUCACUUCGGUGAUUCAAACAAUACAAUGAAAGGUGAACUGACCCUCGUAACACCAUUUACGAACUUCGAAAACAUCAAAGCUAAGCUGGAGGUUCCCCUGAACACGUUUGCCCCAAGCAUAGCCGCCAACGUGUAUGUAGAUGGCGAUUCCUACGGUGGCAAUUUCGGUCUCAGGACGAAAGCUCCCUACGAACUGACAGCAGGUUACCACGUAGCUGAACUUCCCAGUGCGAAGUUCCACAUUAGAAUAGAUUCAUCUUUCAUCUCUUUGUUUGCUUAACUUAUUUCGUCUCUGCCAUCUGUAUAUGAUGUGAUAUUUAUUUAACAAAGGCAUAUCACCGUUUUGUUUUGUUUUUCAAAUGCAAACGUUUAAACCCAUGUUAUUCUUGUAAAUGAAUAAAGGACUCAGCAUUUAAAA